GUACCUAACAAAUAACACGAGCGCGGCAGCUGUUCAAUUAUCCAAUCAGCUUGUGAUACAGAGAACGUGAAAUACGAUGAAAUGUUGAUGUUGAAACCAGAAUUUUGUGAAAUGUAUGAAUAAGCGCUUUAGACCUGACUCAGUUUAAUAUAUUUGGGCAUUGGAUUCUAUGUUUUGACGAAUUCUGUCAAUGGAAAAGCCAGAUAACGGAGAUUGGAUUGUCCGGUGUUCAGAUGAAGAAUACAGUGAAUGUGAAGGAGAAUGGGAGCCACCUCCUGAAGAAAUUAUUCGAUUGUAUGAACUUCUAGAUCAGAAGGCUGUUCCAAAUCUAGAAUGGAAGUGUCCAGGGCGACGAGCACCUUCACCAGCACAAGAUGAAUUCUACCAUGAGGACGAAGAAUCUUUGGAAUCAAAACCAGAGGAAAAGUCAGAUUUCGAUUUCAUGGACGAAAUGUCUUCACCCAAGCUGCCAGUAAGAAGGGGAGGUGAAGGUGGCCCCAAGGGCAGUGCUAAAAAGAAAACCACAAGUCUUGAUGAUGUUCUUUCUAACAUGAGGAGACAUCGGAAACUGGAGCAGCUUGAGAAGCAAGCCAGCAAUUGUCCUCCUUGUUCUUCGCCAUCGUGAGGAUACAUUUCACAUGAAGCAUUAAAUGCAUUAUUUCUUUGAAUUUCCACAUAGUCUCCUUGUAUAAAGUUUUAUAUAAAUUCUUUGUAUGUGUCAAUACACGUUAUUUACCUAAAACUAUUUCUGUAUGUGUUAAGUUUCCUGAAGUUUUCUUUUUCAGAAUUUUUAUUUUAGAAGUUAGGGAUAGUGAAAAAGAAAGUUGUUAAGAUAAUCAUAAGGCACACUAUUGCUGCUUUCAGAUCCAUAUCCUCUCAUUUCGGGUUUGAUUUGUCCCUCUCACCAACCCCUUCACAUAUUUUGAGAAGAACGUACAUAACAAAAAAUGUUACAACAAAUAAGGUGCUUAAUCUACUGAUACUCAUAGGCACAGUGAUUUUUUUUUUUAUUGUUUGGAAUAGUUAUUAAUCUGUUCUGCAUCUAUUUAUGGGUUCUGAUGAAAGAAAGGUAUCUGAAGGGAUUAACAUAAUUGUGUUUAUCCGUCAGCUUUGCGCAUCUUAAGUGUUUGCUAACAUUGUGAAUUAGUGAAGUGUGUUUUUCUUCUUUCUUUUCCUCUUCAAUUUCACCCACCUUAGCAAUCAGGCCUAGACCCAAUUGAUUCAAUGCUCUUCACGACGUUUUGUAGGUUUUGAGAACACAUGAUUUAUGGAUCUUCAACCCGUGCAUUCUAGAUUGCUUUUAUUUAAAUAUAACUCGUGUCACCUUGGCAGUAUCUCUGGAGACUAAAACGAAAACCCAUUUUGGUGAAGAAAACGUGUGAAUUACAUCAACACCCUUCUAAUAGUUGUCUAAUGAGUCUCAAACUAAAGUGACAAUACACACACUAAUGGUCUCCACUAGUUAUGCACAUCCUGUCCUUAGCACAAAGAAGGCAUUCCAAAACCUACAUAAUAAAAUAUGUUGAGUGUGACUUGUCAUUGGAGUAGAAAACCAACUUUUUAAGGUCAAGCCCUAUGACAUACAUGCACAAAGGUUACAGGCAAGUUACGUGGUUGAACACUACCAGGCAAAUGCUGAAGCUGUACCUUAACAAAUGAGCCAGACUGCGUGUGGCCUUUUUUCUCAUUCUUCUGUACCCUUACACAAAUGUACACACAUGCAUGUAAGUGUCAGUAAAAGGAAAGAAGAAAAGGGAAGGAUCUGAGACCCACAGAAAACCUCAUCAAAACAAGUAAGCUGGAAUUCUCCUUCAAACAGCAUCUGAAUAAGCAUCUCUUCAACUUGGCUAUACUACUAGAGUUGAAAAUACACCACCAUUGGGACUUUCCCUAGGACCAGCAGACUGACUGCUGGCUCUGACGUAACCCAGCCAGUCUAAAAAUGGGUUGCAUGAA